GGCUUUCCAACGCCGCUGGGCCUUUGGGCGGAGCGAGCUUGUGUCGCCGCCCGGCCUUGUCACUUGGGCGGUAGUCGCCCGCCUUUGCCGCCGGGAGAAGCGCGUUGAGGAGGAGCUGCGGGCGCGAGCCUACGGAAGGGAGCCGCGACCCAAGUGUCAACAAGCGCGAAUGGAUAUUGAGGCUGCCUGUGGAUCCUAGAGGGAUGGUUGGCUAUGACCCGGAUUCCGAGUGUGCUUCCCUUUCAACCUUGGGCAUAGCAACAGCAGGAUCUGCAUCUGGGUUUGUCACUCGGGCAAUGAUCAGUCCUUUUGACGUCCUAAAAAUCCGUUUUCAGCUUCAGAUAGAGACAUUUUCUGCCAGAAACCCCCAGGCUAAGUAUCAUGGCAUCUGGCAGGCUAUUUGCAAGAUUUUCCAGGAAGAAGGGCUACCAGCUUUCUGGAAGGGCCAUGUCCCUGCUCAGCUCCUCUCAGUUACCUAUGGAGCUGUCCAGUUUGUAAGCUUUGAGUUUCUGACGAAGCUGGUGCACCAGGGCACAUCUUACGAUGCCAGAGGCUUCACCGUGCACUUUUUCUGCGGCGGGCUCUCUGCUUGUGUUGCCACUGUGGCGGUUCAGCCCCUGGACACACUGCGUACCCGCUUGGCUGCCCAAGGUGAGCCAAAGAUUUACAGAAACUUCCGCCAUGCUGUAGCAUGUGUGUACCAGCAAGAAGGGCUGUUGAGUUUUUAUAAGGGGCUCACCCCUACCGUCAUUGCCAUUGUCCCCUAUGCUGGCUUCCAGUUUUCCUUCUAUAGUCUCCUGAAGAAACUGUAUGACUGGAUCGUUCCAAGUGAAGAAAUGAAAACAGGUAAUAUUAAAAACUUUGUCUGCGGCAGCUGUGCUGGUGUUCUCAGCAAAACCCUCACUUAUCCUUUUGACCUUUUCAAGAAAAGACUGCAGGUAGCUGGCUUUGAGCAAGCCCGGGCAGCAUUUGGGCAGGUGCGGACGUACAGUGGCUUAGUGGACUGUGCCCAACAGAUUGCACGGGAUGAAGGAGCCAAAGGAUUCUUCAAGGGCCUCUCCCCAAGCUUGCUGAAGGCUGCGUUUGCAACGGGCUUCACCUUUUUCUGGUAUGAGAUCUUCUGCAGUGUCCUGCGCACCAUGAAGUACCCCAGUGGCCCCAAAAAGCAGGAAGGCUGAUAUAAGAGAGCUCCUGUCUGUGGAGACUGAAACAUUAAUCUGUCAGCCACACUGUCAUAUGUAGGGU